CUUUAACCAACUAAAACUUGAAUACUGCAUAUUGGUAAUGGUAGGCCAUAGUAUAACACUUAAAAUUCACAAAGAUAUAAUAUAUUACUAAGGUUUUGCUUUCCAAAUCAAUUAUUUUCAUUCGUUUUACAAACCAAUCAUAUUCUUCGCCUUUCCCCCAUCCUAGGCCAACUCAGAAAGUCUUCGAAAUUCGACCAGGACAGUUCUUUCCUGAUAAAAGCAAAGGUUAAUUAUUAAUUUAAAACACUGGCCAUACAUAUAUAUUUAUUUAUAUUAAACUAAGCUUAUUAUUUAGAUUUGGUGUAUCCAAAAGUCAUGAGUCAUCACCUUUUCCUAAUAGAAUCGACCUGGCAAUUUUUUUACCGAAACUAUAAUCACUAGGAAGCAAAAAGACGUCUCUAUAAAUUGCUAAACACACAGAGUCACAAAAAUGAAAAAAAAAAAAAGGAAAAAGAGAGAAAACUUUCCUUCCUUCCUUUUUCUCGCCGCUAAAAUGCGCCUAACUCCGUGUCCCCUUCACUAAUCUGCGCCGGCCUCCGUCGUCUUUAUGUCUUGAUUUUCUAACACAAGAACUUGUCUUUAUGUGCAAAUCCAAAAUGGGCAUCAAUGCUUCCGAGCCGACACGAACACGAUCUCGUCCAAACCAAUCUCAAGGAAGACACAACUCAUCAAGACGCUCUCCGACAACAAGCACGACAACAACAACAACAACAACAACAACAACAGGAACUAGCUCGAGUUCCAACUCCAACAAAACCGCCGCUUCCUCCUCCUCAUCCCUCGCAAGUCUCCGCGAAUCCUUACCGGAAAACCCACACAUCUACGACAUCUCCGAGAUCCGCGCCGCCACCAACAACUUCCUCUCCCACCGCCUCUCCUCCUCCUCCUCCAAAGCCUCGUGGCGAUGCACUCUCCGCGGCAAAGAAGUCGUCGUCUUCCAAAGAAAGUUCCGACGAAAACUCGCUAAAGAGGAACUCAAAGACCGUCUCUCAGACAUCUGCCGUAGCCACCACGGAAGCAUCAUCAACCUCCUCGGCGCAUCAGUCUCCGACCACAUCUACCUAGUCUACCAACACGUCAACGGAGCUUCCCUCUCCGACUGCCUACGAAACCCAAAAAGCCCAAAUUUCACUGUUUUAUCUAAUUGGGCCUCACGGAUCCAAAUCGCCACGGAUCUGGCCCAUGGGCUUGACUACAUCCACAACAAAACGGGCCUAAAAAUAGAGAAUCUCGUUCAUAACCAUAUAAAGAGCUCCGCGGUUAUCGUAACCGAGCCUGAUUACAACGCGAGGAUCUGCCACUUCGGGACCGCGCAGUUAUGCGGGGAAACUAACGAAACGACGUCGCAGAGAGAAUCGGUGAGAUUCGAAGGCGUUAGAGGUUACAUGUCGCCGGAGUUUCAAGGCUCCGGGAUCGCGACUCAGGGAUCGGACGUGUUCGCGUUCGGAGUCGUGAUGCUCGAGCUUCUCUCCGGGGAGGAGCCGUUGAAGUAUCGGUACGAUAAGGUCACCGGAGAUUUUGAACGGAGUUCGGUGAUUGAGACGGCGAGGGCGGUGGUGGUUGACGGUGGAGAUACGGAGGGGAGGUUGAGGAGGUGGAUUGAUCGGAGAUUGGGGGAUUCGUUUCCGGUGACGGUGGUGGAGAAAUUGACGAGGUUGGCGUUGGAAUGCGUGGAGGAGGAUCCGGGGAGUCGGCCGGAGAUGGGGAGAGUCGCCGGGAAGAUAUCGCAGUUGUAUUUGGAGUCGGAGAAGUGGGCGGCGAAUAUGAAACGGCCAACGGAUAUAACCGUCUCGUACGCUCCUCGAUGAGGGAAUUAAUUGAAAUCUUUUUUUUUAAACUCUUUUAUAAAUUUGUAUAUUCUUAGUUUUUUUUUUAAUUCAAAUUAUUGAUGAUUUGAUUUGGUUAAGGUCUAAGUGUCGUUCUAGAGGAAAAAUUUAUUUACAAAAUAAGUGUCGUUUUCGCUUUUCAAUAUAAAAUUUCUUGACUUUAUUAUAUUAUUAAUUUUUCUAUUGGUUAAAAUGUGGUUAGCUGUAUUGAUAAUUGU